CCCGGAAGUAAUGUUGGUUAUUAUAGGAAGUUUUCCGCCAGACGAACGACAGUGAUUUAAGGAAAGCCGGGAAAUUGUAUGGUAUGGACUCUGCAGACAGAAGUCGAAGUCCCAGUCCUGCACAGAGAGAAAACAGUGGACCUUCAGAGAAUGACUCUAGUCCAGCAUCAGGCAGACCCCAGCAGGCUGGCUCAGUUGAAAGAAGCCCCAAUGAGCGACGGUCCCCACAGCCAAGUCCUGUGGGCCGCAGGCCCUCCAGGAGCCCAUCCUCAAGCAGUUCAGACAGCACCAGCAGCAGUGAUGAGGAUGAACAUCAUUCAGCACUGAGAAAGAUUCGAAGCAGCGUGGCUCAGAUCAAAAGAUCAAGAUCAAGAUCCAAAGAGCAAGACAGAUCCAGGUCCAAGGAAGAAGAUCGGUCCAGAUCCAGGGAUACAGACAGAUCCAGAUCCAGAGAGAAAAAUAGAUCCCGAGAAAGAGACAGAUCCAGAUCCAGGGAAAAGGACAGAUCUACAUCUAGAGGGAGGGCGAGAUCAAGAUCAAGAUCCAGAGGAAGAGAGAGGUCGAGGUCAAGAGGACGUGACAGAUCCCGAUCCAGGGAGAGGGACAGGGACCGUUAUGACAGAAGACGUUAUGCACGGGAUCGCUAUGAUGAUCGGCGUGAUGACAGAGAUGGCCGUUUUGACCGACGAGCCAAUCGAGAGGCUGAUUCAGAUUACAGGAGGCGGGGUCGCUCCGCUUCCCCUCUGGCUGACAGGGAACCAGCUGCGGCCGAUGAGCCGCCAGUCAAAAAGAAAAAGGAGGAGCUUGAUCCAAUCCUGACGAGGACUGGAGGCGCUUACAUUCCUCCCGCUAAGCUGCGCUUGAUGCAGCAGCAAAUCACUGACAAGAGCAGCCUGGCCUAUCAGAGGAUGAGCUGGGAAGCUCUAAAGAAGUCCAUCAACGGUCUUAUCAACAAAGUCAACGUAUCCAACAUUAUCAACAUCAUCCAGGAGCUGCUGCAGGAAAAUAUCGUCAGGGGAAGGGGACUGCUGGCUCGCUCGAUACUGCAGGCUCAGACGGCCUCUCCCAUUUUCACUCAUGUCUACGCUGCUGUCGUUGCCAUCAUCAACUCAAAGUUCCCUCAGAUCGGAGAGCUGAUCCUUAAACGUCUCAUACUGACUUUCAGGAGAAGCUACCGCCGCAACCUCAAGCAACAGUGCCUGACCGCGUCAAAGUUCGUGGCUCAUCUCAUCAACCAGAACGUGGCCCACGAGGUUUUGUGUCUGGAGAUGCUCACUCUGCUGCUCGAGCGUCCAACUGAUGACAGUGUGGAGGUCGCCAUUUCCUUCUUGAAGGAAUGUGGUCUCAAGCUGACCGAAGUGUCCCCUCGAGGAAUCAACGCUAUAUUUGAGCGUCUUAGGAAUGUCCUCCACGAGUCGUCCAUUGACAAGAGGGUCCAGUACAUGAUAGAGGUGAUGUUUGCUAUCAGGAAAGAUGGUUUCAAAGAUCAUCCAGUAAUCCCAGAAGGCCUGGAUCUGGUGGAUGAGGAUGACCAGUUCACUCACAUGCUGCCGCUAGAUGAUGAAUACAACACCGAGGACAUCCUCAAUGUAUUUAAGAUGGAUCCAGACUUCCUGGAGAAUGAGGAGAAAUAUAAAACUAUUAAAAAAGAUAUCCUGGAUGAGGGUAGCAGCGAUUCAGGGGAGGAGGGAGAUGGCAGUGAUGACGACGACGAUGAUGAUGAAGAUGAGAAUGAGGAGGAAGGAGAUGAUGAGAAAGUCACCAUCUUUGAUAAGACAGAAGUCAACCUGGUUGCUUUCAGAAGAACCAUCUACCUCGCUAUUCAGUCCAGCUUGGACUUUGAGGAGUGUGCUCACAAACUGAUUAAGAUGGACUUCCCGGAAAGCCAAACGAAGGAGCUGUGCAACAUGAUCCUGGACUGCUGCGCUCAGCAGAGGACCUACGAGAAGUUUUUUGGCCUGCUGGCUGGGAGGUUCUGUCUGUUAAAGAAGGAGUACAUGGAGAGUUUCGAGGCGAUAUUUUCAGAGCAGUAUGACACGAUUCACCGACUGGAAACCAACAAACUGAGGAACGUGGCCCGACUGUUCGCUCACCUGCUCUACACAGAUUCUGUGCCGUGGAGUGUGUUGGAGUGCAUCAAGAUGAGUGAGGACACCACAACGUCGUCCAGCAGGAUCUUUGUAAAGAUCCUAUUCCAGGAGCUCUGUGCCUACAUGGGUCUGCCAAAACUUAACCAGAGGCUGAAAGACCAGACCCUGCAGCCGUUCUUUGAAGGUCUCUUUCCUCGUGAUAAUCCCAGAAACACUCGCUUCGCCAUCAACUUCUUCACUUCUAUUGGACUGGGAGGACUCACUGAUGAGCUGAGGGAACAUUUGAAAAACGCGCCAAAGAUGAUCAUGACUCAGAACCAGGAAGUCGAAUCAUCGGACUCCUCCUCGACAUCAUCCUCGUCGUCUUCUUCGUCAGAUUCCUCCUCCUCCGACUCAUCCAGCGAGUCAGAUUCAGACUCGUCAGACUCCUCGAGCAGCUCAGACUCAGACUCUAAACACAGGAAGAAGAAGAAGAGGAAAGGACAGAGCGAAGAGGGGAGGAAGAAAACGAGAGAGAAGGACAAGAAGAAGAAAUCUUCAGACAAGAAGCGAGCUGGACGCAGAGCAGACAAUGAUGAGGACAGCGACAGCGAGAAGCGGGCGAAGAAAGACGACAGGGGGCGCGCACGUGACCCGGAGGGGCGUGAACGCGACGGCGCCCGGCGGAGCAGACGAGACGACAGAUCGGAAGAGGAGGACGAGGGGGCGGCGGUGGAGGAGAGGAGACGAAAAAUGGACAGGCAAAGAGAUGACGGACGGGAGAGAGAGAGAGACAGAGGGAGGGAGAGAGAGAGGGAGCGAGCGAGGGAGAGAGAGAAUGAGGCAGAGAGGGAGAGGGAGCGAGCGAGGGAGAGAGAGAAUGAGGCAGAGAGGGAGAGGGAGCGAGCGAGGGAGAGAGAGUAUGAGGCAGAGCGAGAGAGGGAGAGGGAGCGCGAGAAGCAGCGGGAGAGAGAAAGGGAGAGGGAUAGGGAGAGGGACAAAGAGAGGAAUAAAGAGAACAGAGACCGGAACAGAGAGAGAGAUGAGAGGAGGAGGAGAUAAGCCUUCAUCACGGGAGCAGCAGUGAUGGACUAAUGACUUUAAGUCGGCAUCUUUUCCCUCUGUGACCCCUCUGUACCUCAGCCCAACCUGUGGUGCUGUGGAUCUGACCCCAUUCUCCAUUCUAUCUGUGUUUAUUAUUGAUUUUCGUUGUUUUUAAUGAAAUACUUAAUGAAAAAAAAACCAUUAAAGUUGCAUUCGAUGUUUUUUAUUACCUGUA